GCUCCGAAGGAAGGCAUGAUCAAUGUUCAUCUAGUUCCACACAGCCACGACGAUGUCGGUUGGCUUAAGACGGUCGAUCAGUAUUACUACGGAAGUCGUAACAGCAUUCAGAAAGCGGGAGUACAGUACAUUCUGGAUUCGGUCGUGCACGAACUGCUAAAAGACCCAAAACGUCGGUUCAUCUACGUAGAAUCGGCAUUCUUGAAGAAAUGGUACUUGGAACAGACACCAGAGAUCCAACACCAGGUGCACAUGUUGGUAGAAGAAGGCCGCCUAGAAUUCGUCGGCGGCGCCUGGAGCAUGAAUGAUGAGGCGGCCGUUCACUACCACAGUGUUGUUGAUCAGUUUACCUGGGGUUUGCGGUUCCUGAAUGAUACAUUUGGAGAGUGCGGACGUCCACGCAUCGGUUGGCAGAUUGAUCCGUUCGGACACUCGCGUGAACAGGCGUCUCUUUUCGUGCAGAUGGGAUACGACGGUUUAUUUUUCGCCCGACUCGACUACCAGGAUAAAAAUAAUCGUAUGCAGAAGAAAACUCCGGAAAUGGUCUGGUACACUAGUAGCAGCUUGGAAGAAAACGAGCUGUUUACAAGCGUGCUGUACAAUCACUAUUCUGCACCACCGGGUUACUGUUUCGAUGUGUUGUGUAACGACGAUCCAAUGAUUGAUGAUCAGCAGAGCACUGAUUACAAUAUUAAAACAAAGAUUGACACAUUUAUCACCUGGUUGGAGAAGAUGGCCGAAUCUUAUCGGACGAACAAUUUGAUCCUCACGAUGGGUGAUGAUUUCAACUACAUGAACGCCGUAAUGAACUUCAAAAAUAUGGACAAACUUAUCAAGUACACAAAUGAACGGCAGUCUGAAGGAUCAAAGAUAAACGCAUUCUACUCCACACCUUCCUGUUACGUCAAAGCGGUCCAUGGUGCAAAUGUUGAACUACCGACAAAGUCUGAUGAUUUCUUCCCUUACGAAUCCGACUACCAUUCGUUCUGGACGGGAUACUUCACAUCCAGACCUACCCAGAAGCGUUACGAACGAGAAGGAAACCAUUUCCUGCAGGUUUGCAAACAACUUUCGGCCAUUGCACCAAGGAAGGAAACCUUCUACGAAGAUCACCUCACUACCUUGCGCGAUGUGAUGGGAGUGAUGCAGCAUCAUGACGCGAUCACCGGUACCGAGAAACAACAUGUAGCAGACGACUAUGCACGCAUGCUGUACGAGGGCUUCGAGGCAUGCAGUAUCAAUACUCGGUCGGCUCUGAACCAACUGGCUGGAGAACGAGACAACUUCAACUUCGAGUUUGGAUACUGCAAACAGGCGAACAUCAGUGCUUGCGCAAUGACCGAGAACUCGGAUAACAAUUUGGUGUUGUUGUACAAUCCUCUAGGACACAGUUCGAAUGACUUUGUGCGCCUACCGGUGAAGGAAGGUAGCUAUCUGGUUCACAAUGAUCGAGGACAGACGGUUCCAUCUACCCUGAUCCCGAUUCCAAGCUCAGUGAUAGAUCUUCCGUUCCGAGAAAGCGUGGCCACUCACGAACUGGUGUUCCAGGGUGAACAAGUUGCUCCAGUGGGUUACAAGUCGUACUACGUCUCGAGAGGGGAUUCUAGGGGAUCGUCGUCCUCUGCAGAAAUACGUCAAGAGGAUAAUGUGAGCAUCGGCAAUGAACAUCUGACGGUACGCUUCGACGAGAACGGAUUCCUGAGCUCGAUCACGGUCCAUGGAGAAACGCAUGCUCUGAAGCAACAUUUCCUGUACUACGACGGAGCCUUGGGAAACAACGAGGAGUUCCGCAACCGAUCUUCCGGAGCGUACAUCUUCCGUCCAAACGGAACUGAGAAGACUGUAACCGACGUCGUUGAGAUACAGGUGGUGAAGAGCGACAUUGUGCAGGAAGUACAUCAAGUAUUUAACGAGUUUAUCAGUCAGGUGAUCAGAGUGUAUGCGGGCCAAGAGCAUGUGGAGUUGGAAUGGCUAGUGGGGCCAAUACCGAUCGACGAUGGUAUUGGCAAGGAAAUAAUCUCUCGCUUUGAAACGGACAUCAAGAGUAAUGGUGCGUUCUUUACGGAUUCGAAUGGGCGAGAAAUGCUUCGUCGUGUGCGAAACUACCGUGAAACAUGGGAAUUGGACAUCGUUGAACCUGUGUCUGGCAACUAUUACCCAAUAACAGCCAAGAUUGCCAUUGAGGAUGAGCAAUCCCGGUUGGCUGUGUUAAACGAUCGCGCACAGGGAGGAUCUAGUCUGGUAGACGGUCAACUGGAAUUGAUGGUCCAUCGCCGACUGCUUCGUGAUGAUGCAUUUGGUGUAGGAGAAGCUCUGAACGAAACACAAUAUGGGACUGGACUGGUUGCUCGAGGAAAGCAUUAUCUCGUCUUUGGUUCAUCACAAAAAGACGUCAGCCCCACACUGCAGGCAAAGGAACGAUUCCUGCAGAACAAAGUGCUGCUACCCAGCUGGCCAUUCGUCAAUCCCGUUGAUAAUUUACUGACCUAUGACGAUUACCUUUCGAACUUCCGCAACAUCUACUCGGCUAUCGCACAACAGUUGCCGCCGAACGUGAAUCUACUCACACUCGAACCAUGGAAAGAUGGUACGGUGCUUGUUCGUUUUGAACAUCUGUUCGAGAAGAACGAAGAUCCAGUAUAUUCACAAGCCGUGCGCAUCAACAUUCGCAACGUUCUGUUCGCUUUGAACAUUGAAAGUAUCCAUGAAACUACUCUCGCCGGCAAUCAGUGGAAGGCUGACUCGCAACGAAUGCAAUUCAUUACAGAGUCUUCAGCCAAUGAAAUUGAUCCUAAGUACCAGGUGGAACAUAUUCCGAUGGCGCAGGAAAGCACGGACUUCGAUAUUGAACUUCAACCGAUGGAGAUUAAAACGUUUGUUGUGAAACGGCGAUAG